AAUCAAUUAAUCUGUAUCCAAACAAAAUAUUAAAUGUUCAAGUAUUUUCUGCUCUCUGUGGUAUCAACUCUUAUAAAACGAUCUCUCGACCCGAUUUUUGUUUGGUAAACGAAGACUCGACGGACUGCAAAGACCCCAGCAACCAAGUCGGCAACGAGACCCCGACUGGAUCCCAAACACCGACCCGAUUGUCCUCCAAGCUCCCUUGUCAUCCACCCCCCGGCCACCACGCCCCGUCCGUCGCACCACUGAGACCACUCAACGCUGCAUGAUCAGUCUCCGGCAACUCUCCGCCGCCGUCCAUCUUCCACUUCGACGACCAGCAGACACCUAUCUAACUCUAGACCAACUCCGACCGCCUACACUACUAAGCUUUCUGCCACUUAACCACCACCACCUCCUCCAAAGUCCGAAAGCUUCCUCCCCUUGAUCGUGUUUCCGAAUACCUUCAGCUACCUACCUACCUACCUACCUACCUACCCCGCCAAAUACCGUUAAUCCGCAAACACAUCCAUCACAAUGGCGCAAGCAGGCGGGUCAUACAACAACCCCUUGAAGAAAUUCAAGUUGGUCUUCUUGGGCGAACAAAGCGUCGGCAAGACGUCGCUCAUCACACGCUUCAUGUACGACUCGUUCGAUAACAUGUACCAAGCCACCAUUGGUAUCGAUUUCCUUUCCAAGACCAUGUACCUCGAAGACCGAACAGUCCGCCUACAGCUCUGGGACACAGCCGGCCAGGAGCGUUUCCGCUCUUUGAUCCCUUCGUACAUCCGCGACUCGUCAGUAGCCGUGGUAGUUUAUGACAUUUCGAACGCCAAAUCCUUCCAAAACACACGAAAAUGGAUCGACGACGUGCGCGCCGAGCGCGGCAACGACGUGAUCAUUGUCUUGGUGGGCAACAAGACGGAUCUGAACGACAAGCGCGAAGUGACCACGGCGCAGGGCGAGGAGGAGGCCCGGCGCAACAACCUCAUGUUUGUCGAGACGUCGGCAAAGCUGGGCCACAACGUCAAGACGCUGUUCAAGAGGAUAGCCCAGGCCUUGCCCGGGAUGGAGGGCACCGGUGGGGAAGGUGCCGGUGGUGCGGGCACGGGGGCGGCGGCGACAAGGAUCGAUGUCAGCAGUAAGGAGACGGUGGCGCAGGAAGGGUGCGCUUGUUAAGACUGACUGGACUGGUCUGACUGGUCUGGCGGCCUGGUGCGGUUUGGUCUGCUCUCGUCUGGUCUGCUCUGGUCUGAUCAGGGCAGGACAAGCUGAAUUCCUCUUCCCUAGGGAAAGGGCGUGCUGGUUGGGAAACCGUGACGGCUGGGGAUGAAGACAGCAAUGGGGAUGAUGAUCAUGUUGACGAUGUUAACGAGGUUAACGAUAUAAUGGGGUAAAUAUAUGAUGAGAGAAUGAGAUGGAACUUGAUGAUGAUGAUGAUGGGGGGUGGGGGGAGGGAAAUAGAGGUGGGUGGGCUAGACAACCUGACAAAUGGGGAAGCAAACUAUAAUGAGAAACUUGGCUGUGCUUUGUGCUUACGGUUUGGCUGGCUGGCUAAAGCAAGGCGAUCGGAGCAUUAGCAUGCGAAGGAAGGGGUUGGUUUGGUUUUGUCGGGUCUUAACGCUUAUAAUAAUACAAAUGAUAAAAGAUAUAAUACUUUGUAUUUAGUUACCGACUUGAACCAACUGUGUCUUUUAGG